CCAGGAGGACUCGACAACUUCCGCACUGAAGCAUUACGUCCUUGUGACAAACAGCCAGCGGCCUGUUCGACACUGUUUGCUCCCCUACUUUUCGCAGGGAGAUUAAGCCCAACUUGCGUAAAUGACAACCGGAAAAGCUUGAUGCCAUGAUGCUGUUUGCCAAAGCUACAAAAUAUUUAAACAAAUUACCUUCAUUGGCUGACAGAAGACAUUUCUGGGGUUGGCUGAAUGCAGUGUUUAAUAAAGUAGAUUAUGAAAGGAUAAAGGCAGUGGGUCCAGAUCGUGCUGCUUCUGAAUGGCUUCUGCGAUGUGGAGCAAAAGUGCGCUACAAGGGCUUUGACAAGUGGCAGCAGGAUUAUAAUGGUCUCCCAAGUGGCCCUCUGGGGAAAUACAAGAUACAGGCUAUAGAUGCCACAGAGUCAUGUAUCAUGUACCGAGGUUUUGACCACUUAGAAGGUCUGGUGCACGUGGAAGAGAUUAAAUUAAUCAGGUGUAUCUACAUUGAAGACCCAUGUUUAGAGAGGAUAAGUGCCAUUGCAAACCUCCAAGCCAGCCUGUCGAGCCUAGAGGUAGUGUCAUGUGGCAAUGUGACCGAUCGAGGCCUCCUGGCCUUGCAUCAUCUGAGUAAUCUGCAGCAGCUCUUUCUCAGUGACCUACCUGGAGUCCGGGAGAAAGAAAAAACAGUGAAAAUCCUACAGACAGCAUUGCCAAAACUGGUGGUGGAACAAGAUGUACAGUAAGACUUGAAAUGAGUUCUGUGUACACCAAGCGACUGUAACACUGGAAUUUGAAAAAGGGAGAGGCAUCCAGCGUCUGCAGUGACUUUUUCUUUGUAACCACCCUGAACAAAUAACAGUUUUAGAGGCAUUUUGUGACACAUCUUCUGAAGAUUAAACCAAUAUUUCAUUUGC